AUUCCGAAACGGCACGCCGAACAGUCGCCCAAGUUGCCGCCAUGUCGGACUUGUCUGAAAAUCAGCCCGAGAUUGCGCUGUGUGAUGAUGGCGAUGACGAGCUGGGCGAAGAAGAGAUCAUCAGCACCGACUUCCACGGUGGCAGCACCGAGGAGAACAAGCUCGACGAAGUCAUGGGCGUGCUGCAAGACGUUCUAAUCGACCCUGACUUUGUGCAGCUCCAGACAGACUUUUGCCAAAAGCAUUGCGAAUACUUUGACGACGCCAGUGAAAACAAGCUCAUUUACAUGGACUUGUUCAAGGAGUACACGCUCCUGAUCGAAAACUAUCUGGAAGCGCGCUUGCAAGCAGAGAUCGAAGACUUUUCCAUGGACGAACUGUGCCAGAUGAUUCAGGACCAUGAAGACGAUAUUGCGGGCGACGUUGUGGACAUCCUGAUGAGCUGUACUGACUUCGACGAGUUCAAGAGCUUGAUGCUGUCGUUCAAACAGAACGACCACGCUAUGUUCGAGAUUCAAGGCGACAGUCUGAUCUGCAAUUAGCAAGGUGCACGAUUCACAUGACUCGACAGCAACAUCCGUAAUGCCGGUUCACACUCGGGUCGACUUCGGGAGCUGCGGUCACGUCAGCAGCCUUUGACUCGCUGCUUGGCUCUUGCGUCUACAACGAUUGAAAAUCACGUAUAACAUUCAACGAUUGUGGUGUUCGUACCGGGACGAUGACGAUGUCAGAU